CUUCGGAUAGUAUAAACUUCCGCUUUCCAAAUUUUAAAAAUUACCCGCAUUAAAUCAGUUUUUAGCUAUGUUAUGAACUCAUAAUUCAUGUUUAAAGGUAAUAAAACUGUUAAUUGAGUAUGGGAGCCAACACUGAAAAGCAUCAUGCAUGAUGAAAGAUCCGAGGAUCAAGGGAAUACAUUCUCUAAAUAUCAACGUUCAGUUAGAGAUGAUGCCAAUCGAACAUUAGAUGAAUUAAGAGACUCAAUAAGUCCAGUACCAAUGACUAUGACAUCACAAGGCUUAAGUCAAUCUAACAGAUUUAGGGCGAAAGAGAGAUCAGUAUCACCACGACGUGAUACGACAUCAUCGCCAGAAUAUAUCGAGCGCCAAGUUUAUUCUAGUGGUAGACCUAGGAGAUCUCAAAGACAUCAACAUCAAAGAGGGCAAAGCCAAAGGACGUCAUUAGCAAGACCACCACAAGAAGGUCACAACAGCAGACACCAAAGGUCUUCCAGUACAAGGUCGCCAGGCCCUAAUGACUACAGUUACAGAGCAGCAGUAGAACGCCUCAGGGAAAUGCUCAAUCAAAAGGAUGCACAAUCAGAUGAACAAAUCUGGUCUACUCCGAAGCCUGCUCAAUAUAGACAUUCAGAGCGGUCAUAUUCUCCAGAGAUAGGUUAUCAGAGGUCAAGGUCACCUACAUGGCCAGUGCAUGGUCAUGGUCCUCCAAGGUCACCGCCUCCAAUACGUAGAACAGUGCAAUUUGACACCAAUAAUCCCCCCUUGAACCAGCAAGUGCCAUCUAUGAGUGAAAUGCCGAACCAGGAGGAGAUUUUGUCCCUACUGCAGAAGCAAGCUCUUUACAUACAACACAUGGAGGGGGAGAAUAAGUACUGCAAGGAAGAAUUUGAAGUUUUGAAGACAAGAUUACAAGGACUGGUAUUAGAAAAUGGAAAACUGUAUGAACAAGUCAAAGCGGCCGCAAUACAAGAGAUAAUGAAGGAGAAGGGUGGUGAACUACCGCAGAGCAUAUCAGGGGAACAAGGUCAACAACAUCAAGAUGAAAACAUUCCUAAGAUGGACAAGAAAGAUAUGACAAUGUGGAAAAAAGAAUUAUCCCGGCUCAGUGCCAUGCAUGCAGCCAAGACUCAAAGACUAGAAGCUCAACUCUCUUAUACAAAGUCUGAACUAGGGAGGCAUGAAAAAAUAGUUGAGGAUUUGAAAUCUCGUUUACGGACAGUGGAAUCUUUACCCAACUUGUCACAAUCUUCUACACAUGGGGGUAGUACAGGUUACACACUGUGUGUGAUUUGUGCCAAGAAUGAGGCUUUGCUUCCACAGUACCAGGGACUUCAACCAAGUGCUAAUUUGGAGAAAAUUACCAAGGAACGUGAUGAGUUGACUGAGACUAUUACACAGCUGAAAGCAAGACUUGAUGAGUUGAAGAAAAACGAGGAAGACUCAUAUGAACAAGUGAAGAAAAGUUUGGAACUUGUGGAAGCAGCUCAACUAGAUAAGACACAGGCAUUGGUGCAAAGUGAACAACUGAGGGAGGAAGUAUCUAACAGCCGCCAGAGGAUGGAACAGCUUAUAUUGGACGGACAGAAAAGCAUUCAAGAGGAACGAAAAAUUGUUCGGAAAGAAUGUGAGCUAGAAAUGAAUGAACUGAAUUCAAAGGUAAAGGAAUUGCUUGAGACCAACACAACACUAGAAGCACAGAUAGAGAAGGUGACUCGGGAGAAGAUGUCUACGAUGGCAGAGCUACAGCAAAGCAGACAUCAGAUACAGUCAUAUGAUGAUGACUACAACAGGUCCAGCUCAGGUGUUCAGGCCACACUCACUCAGGCCAAGAUAGAACGAGAUAUUGCUGUAAAGGACAUCACUAAAGUAGCACACAAACUAGAGAGACUCAAGCGGGAUAAGGAACAGGAUGAAGCAAAGUUGAGGUCUGAAUUAGAAGAUGUACGAAGGCGCCUCCUGGUGGCUGAAAAGGAACUAAUGUCAUCUAAGGAGGAAUGUAUACAAUUGACUACCACCAACCAGGCACUAGAGAGAGAGGCACAUUUGGCAAAGAUAAGUAAGGAGAGCAUAGAGAGAGGACGUAGUGAUGAGAUAAAGAAUGUGACAAGACGUGCGACACAACGAGAGGAAGAACUCAACAUGUUACUAAAUGAUACAGAGGCCAGACAUAGUCAAUCCAGAUGUGAGCUUGAAGAAAUGUUAGAUAAACAAAAUUCUCUAGUUGGUAAGCUGAGGGAGGAAUGCAGGAGGCAGGCUGGCCAGAUAGAACAGAUAACAUCAAAAUACAGGAAUGAAUCACGCCAGAUCCGGGCCAGUAAUGAAGAGUUGACCAUAAGGUUGGAGAAGGCAUUGAGAAAGAUUUCUGAACUUGAUAACCAGCAUGUUCAACAUGGAAGAGUUCAUGAGAAGAUGAGACAGAGGUUGAGACAGAUGGAUGAGCAUGCACAACACAGUGCUCAGCAAAUUGUUGAGUUGUUGAAUAAACAGGGCACGAUGAUGAAGGACAGACAGAUGUUGGCCAGAGAGGUGGAGUUCCUACGUAAACAGAUGAAGGAGAAUGCCUCAGACAUUGAUAAACUCUACUCAUCUCAUAAACAACAGGUGGAUGAUAUUCUAGAGAAUGUCAACCAUGAUGAGUCUUGAUAGAAUUGUAAAACUGAAAUUGCUCUGUAAAUGUUUAUAAAUUGAUCAGCUUUACUCGACCCCUCCUUAAAAUAUAUUUAUAUUCAUUAAUUUAUUAUUUUAAUCAAUAUACAGUAUAAAACAUAUCAAAUUCACAAAGCACAGAUUUUUAACUGUAUUUAAGAUUUUACCUUUCUUAGUUAACAGCCUUCAGUGCUAAUAAUUGUUUGAAACGGCAUAUAAAACGUACAAAGAAAAAUAUGGCAUAGGUGGUUUUAUGAUACAUUAAAAUAUGUUCUUGCGUUGUAAAGAAAUGUUUUAGUUUCAUCCUUAUUAAACUUGAUGAAGUAAAUUUCUCAGUAAAUAUUGUUGGGUGUAUUUUGUGUUUGCCAUCUGGCCAUGCACCAUGAAAUGAAGCCCCUUUACUGAAGCAUUGCUAACUUAUUAUUUGAUAUUGAAUGCGAGGAGGUUUGGGUAUUUUGGGUUUUGGCAAAGUAAUUCAGUCUAGGAGUUUGGAGUUUUGGUUGCUCCUAUGGUAACAGACUGAUUUUUAUUAUCAAAAUCUCAAUCACUUCCCGUGUGGGGGUCUCAUGCAAACCUUUGACUGGUGCAUAGCUGAAUAAGAAAGUAUACUAUUUCUGAUUCUGUCUUGGAGACCUUACCAGUCAACAGUUAAGUGCCUUAAUAUAAAUGUAUUGUGACAAGUUAACAAUUGAAACUUUAUCAAAUAUGCAUUUAUAACAUUGUAGACUUGAAGUUUACUGUACAUGUAUGUACUACUUAUUACCUCUGUUAAGAUACUGACAAUUUGAGUUUCUGUGUAUAAAGUUGUGUAUAUAUAAAUAAUACUUGUUAAUAAUAUUAAUCAUUUUAAUUACAAGUAAUAUAAAUACUUGUUGGUAUUGAAUUGUUUUAGCUAUGGCCUUAUUAAUGAUGCAUUUAUUUUUUAUAAACAAAGUUGUAAUAUUCUUAAAUGUAAAAAGCAAUAAAGUUUUAUCUAAA